AGAAGGGACAGCAGUUGGCACGGCCUGUGAAGAGGAGGCUGUUUAUAGACUGGGCAGCACAUGGCAAUGAGCAGGGCUGAGCGCGCCACGAGCGCGGUCCCUGCGUGGUCUUUCCCCUGCCCCUCCCGCUCCGGCCCGUCCUCGCCCAGGACUGUCCAGCAAGGAUGGUCCAUUUUAUCCACGGGGAAUGGGAAGAGCAGGAUCGGAACAGGUCCGCGGUCCGUCCUGGGGUCUGGUUCCCUCGGCGGGGGGUUCUGCAUGCAGAGUCCAUUCUCCCACGGGGCGCGGGGAAACCCGCCGCCCGGACACCGUUCCCGGAGGUCCGGGGAGAGUCAAAUGACCUCCGUUUCCAUCUCGCCUUCCACCUUCUUCUUUUGCUUCUCCAUCACGGCCUCCAGCUCUGACACGUUCUCUUUAUCCUCCAGCAGCACGCGCUGCACGGUGACCUGGCUGUACACGCGGGCGCCCUCCUCGGGGCUCACCGCGCGGAACUCCUCUUUCUGCAGCGAGAAGAUCUGCGCGCCGGUCAGCACUCCCAGCGCGUCCACGGUCCUGAGCAAGGGCAGCGAGGCGCGGUCAGCCUGCCGGCCAAUCAGAACGCCAGCCUCCCAAGCCCCACCAAUCACGUCAUGCCGGGCCAGCCGUUUGUCCAAUCAGGAGCAUUCUAGCUGGUGCUCCUGAAUCCCCACCCACCAAUCACAGCGUGCCACAGGUGGGCGGGGCAUCCUACUUUUGAGGGAGGCGGGACUUCCCUAGAGGCUCCAAUUGGAGCGUGGGAAACCAUGCCAAUCACAACCUGCCAUUCCCUGUGGCAACCAGACACCCUCGCUUUGGGCCAAUCGCGGUCCCCCGCGGUCCGCCACGCUGCCCUCUGGGCCAAUGAGAACACCUCGCCUCCAGCGCCCGAAUC